UAUCUUCUGUUGUUUGUUUGUGUGUUACUGUGUUGUGAUUUGUAGUUGGACGAAGUUCCCAAUCCCAAAGUAACUAAUAUAUUAUAAUGACAUGGUAGUGUGACGUGACGUUAUCUCAGCUGGAAAAGGAAUUCUCACGUUCAACCGGUGACUGUCACAGUCACAUUUGAUUUACAAAUUGAAAUCUUUAGUAGUGUCAAUUUGACGAGGCAAAAUGGCGGCGAAGGUGUCCUGUUCUCAUCUCUGGAUUAAUAAGAGAGAUGCUGACAAGUACCAUCUCAAGUGACUACAGUCGUUAAAAAGUCGGGGACCCUGUUCUAAGCCGUCCUAUCUUUGACCUUGAAUGAACUUUUGUAUCAACAGAUUUAUGUGAACAUAGUAAAGCUGGGACAGCCUUAUACAACAGUGAAUCUGGGACAAACUUAUGUUAACUUAGUGAACUUGCAGUUGGACUUUUAUUUGUACCUUUCCUGGCUAUUGUGUUCACUUUGGAUCACAUGUUCCAGAAUCAAAUGUAGCUGGGUUAUAAAGACAGUAAUAAUUAGUAUACAUUGUGUAACAUUUGUAUUUUAUUCAUGUAAUAUUAUGUAUGAAAAAUAAAAGGUUAUGAAGACUUUUAUAGUUUGUGCCAUUGUAAUUUUGAAAUGAGUUAAUCCAGUGGAGUAAUUCAUCAUGAAAGAAACGAGAUCUAGUAGAGACAGUGGUGAAGCAGCAACUGGAACGACAAAGACUGCAGCAUUGGAGAAAAAAGCCAACGAAGAAGAAGAUUUUGAAACUAACGAUGAGACUUCAUUAGAAGGAGAUGGGAGAAUUGCUGUUGAUCUUCCAAACAAAAACUUAGUGUUGAAAAAAUCGGAUGAUGAGAAUUUAGAUAGUGGUGAUGAUUGUUUUCUUUUAGGUGAAGAAAGUACACAUUCACCUGUCAUCUCAGGCAAGGCUGAUGGGCCAAAUGAAGAACAUGCAACAUCUUCAAGAAGGGGUUUGAUGAAAAAUCAGCAAGAGGUUAGGAAAGACAAUGCAGAUAUUAUUGAAGAUGAGGAGGUUUUGAGAAUUAUUGGAGAAUUGGAGAAGGAAGUUGAUGCUUUCCCAGAACUGAAUGAGGCCAAUGAGACAAAGCAGUCAGAUGCUGAAAAAACCCCUUUCGUUGAGCCAAAAUGUAAUAUGGAGCCCAGCAAGGACAAAAAGAAGAUUGUGAUAAGUUUAGAAAAUGACAAAGAAGAAAGCUUAGAAAAUGACAAUGAAGAAAGCAUAGAAAAGGACAAAGAAGAAAGCUCAGAAAAUGACAAAGAAGAAAAGAAACAUUUGCAAGCUAAAGAGGUUGGAGGGCUAGUAAAUCAUGGACCUUACAGUCGUAUUUUGUUUGUUGGAGAUUCCCGCCUGCAGUCACUUGAGGGUUUUUGGCCAGAAUAUCCAUUUAUCAAACCCCAGUUUCUUGUUGAACCCAACUUAAAACUUGAAGAGCUUAAAGAUUUCAUCCUUUCACGUACUGAGCUUCCACACCUGGAAAAUGGAACAGUGUUGGUUUGUAAUGUGGGUCUUCAUGACAUCAUCGAAUUGGUAGAUUAUAGUGAAUGUGCUUCAUUCGAGAAUCAUCAGCCUUUGAAGAUCAUGACUCUUUCGGCAAAAGCAGUUGAAGAUAUAAUCGAGACAGUAUUAUUUCGUUUUAGUCAAAUUUAUGAGGAACUCGAAGCCAUUUUAGAUAGCAAAUCAGUUAUUUGUUUUUCAGCCGUUAUUCCCUGUGACCCUAUAAUGCAUUUUGUUGUGCAGUCAACAAAUCACCAUCCAAAAGGACAUGCCAGCAUGGGCUCAAUGCUUCGGGAAAACUUAAAUGCGUUGAGAUCUGAGGUCAAGAAUAUUUGCAUAAGGGUCAAUAAACAUUUGGAAAAACUUAGCCCCAUGCCACCUAUGUGGAAUAUUAUGAAGGCGUACCACCUAGAUCGUAAAAUUGUUGGUCAAGUUUUUGUAGAUGGCAUUAACAUAUCAUCAGAGACAUCUCGUUUAUUAGCUUCCAGACUGAACAGAUUUCUUGUAGAGAUGUUUUAUGGAGUAGAGAUAAAUAGUAAAUUUGUUGGGUUUAACAGAGAUCAAAAAGUUAUCUUGGUAGGGGAUUCACGAUUGAUGCUGUUGCAAGAGAUGUGGCAUGGUGAAAAGCCGCAAUUUUAUUGUGAACCAAACCUUGGCUUUUACAAUUUUAGUAAGUUUAUAAAUGAAAAACUAGUGGAUCUAAAACACAAGAUUGUGGUUGUAUGUCUUGGACUGAAUGACCUGAUCCAAUUUGUUGACAAUGAAUCGUGCCUCGAAGAAAACCAUGAACCGUGCCAGGUUGCUUUGUCCGUAUGUGAUAAAUACAGUAGCACAGAUGAGUACUUUAAAAAAAUCCAAGAGAAUUUCAAAAGCUCUCUCACUUUGUUUUGCACAAAGAACCCUGUCAUGAUGUUUUUUGCAACCGUAUAUCCCAUUCAUAUAGAUAAUUACAUGAAUUCACAAGUGAAAAUUCACAAGGAAAAGACAGGUCAUGUCAUCACCCCACCUCAAAAUAAAUCAGAAAUUAAUGCAAAGUUAAAUGAAUUGGUGUAUAAGUUGAAUUCACUCAUGAAAGAAGUGUGCUAUGAACAUGGUUUGCCAUUAUGGGAUAUGUUUCAUGUUGUUUGUAGAGGAUAUGAAGCUUCAACUCUGAGCUCAGACGUUUUGGAUAUGUUCCAUAAUGUUCGUAGAGGAUAUGAAGCCUCGACUCAGAGCCCAGAUGUUUUAAAAGAUGGUAUUUAUCCAAGCGAAAGAACAGCUGAGGAACUUAAUCGUUCCUUCUUUUCCUUUGUUAAAGACAAGUUAUUACAAGAAUUUGCUGAAAAUGUGGAAGAGUACAAGUUUCCAUGUAGACCAUUGCCAACACGUAGUGAUUAUACCAAGCUUUCCACUGAUAACACACAAAGAGGAGUUGAAGCCAAAAUUGAAAGUUCCAGCCACUCUUCAGGAGCACUAAAGUCCCACCAACUAGACACUGAUACAAGUAUAUCAUCAAACCCUGCAAACCGAAGAUUUUCCCUCAAAGGUAAUCGUUCAUCUGUCUUUACCCGGAUAAAAGAUAGGCAUCCACGUGCAGAAGAAAGAAGAUAUCAAUUGCCUUCACCGGAGAGAAGACAUCGUUCAAGGACAUCUAGGUCUCCAUUACAUGGAAGAAGAUCAAGGCAUAGUAGGUCACCAGAACACUAUCCUAGAACGCAGAGACCUCAAGAAAGAGGUAGUGAAAAUAGGGAAUCGUAUUACAGUUUAUAUGAGGUACCUUUGCCAAAAACAGGUAGUCCUUUGGAACCAUUCACAGAGUCUGUUAGAAGAAUUCGAAGACAGUGUCAGAAGGAGAAAGAUCCAAUUUUCCGAGAUGCUCUUCUAAACUUGUUUAGUUCUCAUGUGUAUGAAUGCGAAUUGUAUAUUAAUAAGCCAGAUGCUCAUCCAGAUUAUUCUAAAGAGUAUAGGCUGUUUUUGGUUAAAAAGAGAGAUUCCAUAGUGAAUUUGGGUGGUGAUCCUGAAUCAUUUAAUUACUUAAGAGAAUGGGGACUAUUUUGGCCUUCACGUAUGUUUGAACUCUUCCAAAAAAGUUGGGAAGUUAAGAAAGCACAAUGUCUAUCUAUGAUGACUUUAAAGAGAAAAAGAUCAACUUCGUCUUCAUCUUCAUCUUCUUCAUCUUCAUCAUCUUCAUCUUCGUCAUCUUCAUCUUCAUCUUCAUCAUCAACUUCACGAUCCCCGACUCCAGAGAGGAAAAGAAAGCAAUCAAAAAAGAAAGCUUCAAAGCCUGAAGGAAGUUUACUCAAACCUGAGAAAAAGAAAGUUUUUGAUGGAAACAACAAAUGGAGACCAAUGGGCUCUCCUGAAGAUACUUUAGACAGUGGUUUUAGGCAAGACAUGCUCACAAGACAAGAACCAGAGAAGUCCCAGAGUUUACUGUAUGGUGAAAAAGUAUCUUCACAAAAUGUAGUAAAGGAGAAAGUUGUGAAGGUUGUUGAAGUUCUCAGUAUAUUAACAUAUAUGAAAGAAAAAUUGGGUGUGUUUGGAUUACCAGUCAGUAUAUUGUAUGAAAAAGCAGUCGAAAUGGAAAAGAAAGGUGUAAAUCCAAAUGCUUUGCUAGAAGAUGAAGAAACAGCAACUCUGUUUGCUAUGUUGAGUGAUAAACUCUCUUCGCAAAUUGAAGAAGGGGAUGGCUCAGCCAUCCAGAAAGCUAUUACUCUCAAAGCGCACACGCUUUUGCUUGACUUAAUAACCGAAAUAAAUGAAAUUAAGGAGAGAAACAAGAAAAAUUUGCCUGUUAACGUCUUCCAAUUAGCUCGUUUAACAAUGGGAAAGACAAUAUCAGACACUAUCAGGAUUAUAAAAAAUUUCUUGUUGUAUGAAGGCUAUUCUAAUGUAGCCAAGGAUGAUAUAGAAAGUAUAUAUAUGUCUGUUAAAGGUGAGCAGUUGAAGCUCGCAGAAUCUAAAUCCUUAAGUCAAAAUAAUAUGUCCAUAGGCUCUCCAUCAGGAUUUAACAGAACAGAGCAGAAGACAAUUGAAAGUAAAAGACCUGGUCAAGGACUCACAAAUUUUGUUGUACCUCAAGAUAAGCUGAAUGAGGAAUUCUUCAUAGGAAAGAAUUCAUUUUCAAGUAGGGAUGUAGGAUUAUCUAAGCCAGCAACAGUAAAAGCUUCCACAUCAAAGGUUGACACCCCAGAGGAACUUGAUGAAGAGUUCUUUACUGGUAAGAAAUUUUUGAAACCUGGGGGAUCCUUAGAUAGUAAGAGAAAUGAAAUGACUAUGAAACCUGCUUAUGCCCCUUACAGGCAUAAACUACCUCCGCCUGCCCCUAUAUUAUCUGGAAUGCAUAGUUCAGUACUUUUAAAGAAUUCGGAUUCACCUCUUUUACAGAAUUCUGCAAGUCAACCAUCAUCAGCUCCUCGUGUCCCUAAAGGGCUACCACAAGCAGACUAUGAUUUAUUACGAAAAUGUUUAGCAGCUCUGACAGAUUUCCCUAAGUGAUUACUCAAGAAUGAAGGCAUGAAUUUGGGAACUGACAGAAGGAGCCCAAAUGCUUCAGUUUAUUUGGGCUUAGAAAUGUGGAGUAUAUGUGUAAUAAAUCUUGGGAGAGCUGAACACCCAGUGUAGUUGCAGCAUCCUGCAAAAUGACACUGAUGUAAAGGAAUAUAUUUUCUGCAAUGCACACAUUCUGAAGUCCAGUGCUUGGCAUAUUUUAGAGAUAGAGGGGACUUGGGAGGAAAAGUGAGGCUUAACUCUCAAGGAAACACAAGCAUUUUAAGGAAAAUGUUGAGAACUGAACGAAAUGACAGAGAAUUCAAAUGGUGUUGAAGGCAGUGAAAUGGCCCUCAAGUAGAACAGAAUAGUGAACACUGAUUUCUGCAUGAGAAAUAAUGAAAGUAGUGACCUUGGAUAUUGUGUGGCAAUUAAAGUGAUGGCCUAUGGAUAUUGUGUAGCUUCCAAAAUGAGGAGAGAGAGACUGUUCUUAAUUCAGUGGAAUACAAUUAAAAGAUAUUAAGUUACACGAGUCCACUGAAAUGCCUUUGAUUCCAUAUCUUGAAGAAGAAUGAGCAUACUGCAUAAGAGAAUAAUGAUCCAGUAUGAAAAUGGUACAGUUUGUAGCAUAAAAAUAAAACUCAUGACUGGAUGGCUGAAUUAAAUGGUCUUAUGCACUAAUUGUAUCACAUAAAUUUUUACAGCAUUAAGAAACUGUGAUAAUCAUUAACAGAGAACAUUCAAAAUAAGAUCUCCGAAUUGUGGUAAUUUGUCACGAGUAUAAGAUGAGCACAUGAUCAGAGAUUAGUAGAUAUGAGGGCCAGCUAUGUUAAAGUCAGAUAAAGAGGCCAGGAAUAGAGGAAAUUUGAAGCAAGAAAUGCACAAGACAGGUGAGAGAGGAAGAAACUCAUUAACAAUGAUAUUUGAAGCUUGAAGAUCCAGCCAUCAAUUUGUAUGUUAAUUCCACUGAAACCAAAACUAUUGAAAGAUGUAAAGGCAUUUUGAGCUGCAAUUGGGCACCUGAUUAAUAAAGGGCAGAAGCCAAAGGAUCAUAGUUACAACCAUAGCUUCUACAAUUCAAGUUAUUCAUUCAUGAGCAAUAGUCAAUUUUGCUAGAGACUAUAAGUGCUCCAUGACACCAAGUGCAAAGGUCUAUAUAGAGAGUAAAUUUCUCAACGGAUAUAUGAAGGUGCAAGAUAUUGACAUGCGGUAAGAUUUAUAAUAAUCGGUUUUAUAUACCAAACUCUUCAAGACAGUUUUAGUCACUGAAAAGGGUCCAUGUAUAUAUCACUUGACUGACCAAUACUAGUAGUGGCUGAUAAACCCUUAUUGUUGUUAUUAGCAGUUGUUGGCUAUUGUGCCCAACUAUUCACUACUUCAUAGAGCUGCAAGGCCUAUCAUUCCUUUUAUUGUCUCUCUGGUCAUAUUCAUUUUUCCAUUUUACUUUCCACCCUCUUCUAGCAUUGUUUCGUAGUGCAACUGCGAGGUUUUCCUCCUGUUACACCUUUUAAACUUCUUCCACUGUUUUCCUUUCUGUGCUGAAUGUCCUCAUAGGUCCCAGCACUUGGCCUUCAGCCUAUAUUGUAUAUUGUCUAAAUUUGUAUCUUUAUGGAGCUACUCCAGAUGGCUGUCCUAAUUUGUAAUAAUGGUAGAUGAACAUAUUGUAAAAUUCAGAUGUAUAAAUGAAUAAAUGUCUAUUGUU